GGAUGUAUUGAGCAGCUGAGGAUCCAACAUGGAGGAGAAGACAUCGGCUGAGAAGCUGCUGCUCCUCCGGCAGCAGCAGCAGGAGCUCUGGAGGAAGAACGCGCCGAAGCUCCGGAGAAGGAACCUGAUCACCGGCCUGAGCAUCGGGGCCUUCGUGGUGGGGAUGUUCACGUACACCAUCCUGUCGGUGAAGCAGGAGAAGAUCGUGGAGGAGCUGGAUGAGGAGUCCAGGAUCCACAUCUACCGAGGACCUCGUACCAGCGCCAACUCCUGAGCUGCUGGGGACAUCACAUGACAUCACAGCCACUGGGACAUCACGUGACAUCACAGCCACUGGGACACAACAUAUUUAACAAGGACGAACUUACUGUAAUUCUUUUCUGUUUGGAUUUCAUAAAGUUCACAAAUAAAAUCCACAGUUUGUGAACUUUGUUAUUUGUAUUGAUCAAUGUACUUUUCACAUGUGGAAUUCUCAUAUAAGCCUACAAUCCAGUACAUGUACAAAGUAAAGAGUAAUAAAUGCUUAAUGUAUAUUAAUAUCAA